CUCCACUCAAACGGCAAAUCCCAAAACUAUAUAAAGCCCCAACAUAAUACACCAUAUAUAUCAUAAAUCGUUGCAGUCCCGAACAUGGCACAUUUCUCUCCUCCUUCACCGCUCUCUUUCUCUCUCUAAAACUCUCUCUUCCCUCUCUCUAAAAACCAACAAAGUGAAAGGCGAUUUUAUCAAUAACGUGUAAAAGCAAGAAACGAGCAAAGAAAACCUAAUCUCUCUAUCGAAGUAAAGAAUCUUGAUCUGAAUCUCGAUGAAUGUUUGAAAACCCUAGAGUAAGGCAUCCGUUUAAUCGGCGGAUGUUCAUGAAGUGAUCAUUGAUGAAGCAACUCCGUCGAUGCACGAGGAUAAUCAUCCUCUCUUUGCUUGCUGUUUCUGUGUUCGUUCCAAUGUUUCUACUCUCCGAUAGGCUCAAGACUCACACUUCUGACGCAUCGGAAGUGUUCAGUGAAGAUUUAACGAAUAUUAAAAUCAGGACAGAUGCUCAAAAACUUAACGCGAUUGAGCAGGAAGUGGUUGAAGGCUUCAAAGAGCCGACAUCUGUUGUGUACAAAGAUGGAGCUCUUAAAUCAGUAGUUAGCUACAGUUCCACUGAAGAAAAUACUGAAAGUGAGGAAACAGGAAGUGCCAAAAGCAGUACUAAUACGCCGGAAAGAAAUGGAACCAAUCAAGAUGCUAGAGAAGCUAAUCAUCAAAAUCAGCUGGGAAAAGUAUCUUUUGCAUCUGAUGGAAACCAGGAACAAUCCAAACAGGCAACAGUUAGGCAUGAUCAGAAUGUGCAGUCCAAGUCGCAAAGGCCAAAAGAUGUGAGGAUAAAACAGAUGAGGGAUCAGGUGAUUCGGGCCAAGGCGUACUUGAAUUUUGCUCCACCAAACAGCAACUCCCAAUUAGUAAGAGAGCUGAGACUACGUAUUAAAGAGGUAGAGAAAGCUGUGGGUGAAUGCACCCAGGAUUCUCAGCUGCCUAGGAAUGCUCUGCAGAAGAUGAGAUCCAUGGAGGGUUCAUUGUCAAAAGCCAGCCGCAUAUACAAAGAUUGCUCUGCCAUGGCUAUGAAACUGCGUGCCAUGACUCACAAUGCUGAAGAACGGAUUAGAACACAGAAGAAUCAAGUGUCAUAUCUUGUUCGGCUUGCCGGAAUGACUACCCCAAAAGGCCUUCACUGCCUUUCCAUGCGACUGACUGCUGAGUUCUUUGCUUUACCGCUGAAGGAGCGGGAGCUACCUAACCAACACAAACUACAAAAUCCAGAUCUCUACCACUUUGCUGUCUUCUCUGAUAAUGUUCUGGCUUCUGCAGUGGUUGUGAACUCAACCAUUAGCUCUGCUAGUGAACCAGAGAGAAUUGCCUUCCAUGUAGUGACCGAUUCUCUCUACCUCCCAGCAAUCUCAAUGUGGUUCUUACUAAAUCCUCCAGGUAAAGCCACAGUUCAGGUGCAGAGUGUAGAAACUUUUGGAUGGUUGUCCUCCAAAUAUGGUGCAACAUUGCAAAAGAAGAAUUCCCGUGACCUGAGAUACACUUCUGCUUUGAAUCACCUUCGUUUCUAUCUGCCUGAUGUUUUCCCUAUGCUGAAUAAGAUUCUGUUCCUUGACCAUGAUGUGGUUGUGCAAAGAGAUCUAACAGGACUAUGGAAUCUCAAUAUGAUGGGCAAAGUAGUUGGAGCAGUGCAGACUUGUCCGAAAGAUGAUGAACCUUCAUUCCGUCAGAUGGAUACAUUUAUCAACUUCUCUGACCCAUUUGUGGCAAAAAGGUUUGAUGUCAAGGCAUGCACUUGGGCAUUCGGGAUGAAUAUAUUUGAUCUCAGAGAGUGGAGGAGACGCAAUUUAACUGGGCUGUAUCACAAAUAUUUGCAACUGGGAAAUAAGAGGCCAUUGUGGAAAGCUGGUAGCUUGCCCAUAGGUUGGGUCACCUUCUACAAGCAGACAGUGGCGUUGAACGGCAGAUGGCACGUCCUUGGGUUGGGUUAUGACUCCAGUGUCAGGCGGAGUGAUAUCGAGCAGGCAGCAGUCAUACAUUAUGAUGGACUUUCGAAGCCAUGGUUGGAGAUUGGGAUCGAGGAGUACAAGGCGUAUUGGUGGAAACAUAUUGACAAUGAGCAUCCCUACCUUCAACACUGCAAUAUCCAAAGCUAGUUAAAUCCCACAUUAGAACAUUGAAUUGAGUCAAAAAUUUUCCGUGUAAAUUUCAACUCAUUGUUUCUCCAUUUCUCAUUUUUCCGGCCGUAAAUUGUCUAGGAGCUGAGUCAGUUUUAGCAAUAACGGGGAUGAAAAAGCCCCUUGGGGUGGUUUAGUGCUGGUUAUUUUGUGUGUACAUAAUUCAUUUCUAGAAUUACUCAUUUUUUUUUUUUUUUUUAAAA